AAACAUCACUUUCUUUCAAAUCUUUCUGCAACCCAUCGUUGAUCUAGAAAGUCGUCUCCUUUGUCAAAACAAUAAUAAUUUAUUUUUUGUUUUGUUUUUUUCAAUAUUGAGUAUAAGUACAUAAAUUGGUGUUUUUUGGCAAAUGGGUCUUCCUUGAAUCUCUUAAAAUUCACAGCUACAAACAAAGAAAAAAAAAUGGGUUUUUUGAGUCUUUGAGAGCUCCCAUCAUGGAUCUGGAAACUGGGGUUUAUCAAAACCGUGCUAAGGUGGAUUCAUGGAAGACAGUGCUGACUUUGGCCUAUCAGAGUCUUGGUGUUGUGUAUGGAGAUUUGAGCACUUCACCUUUAUACGUGUAUCAAAGCACAUUUGCUGGCGAUGAUAUUCAACACACAGAGACCAAUGAAGAGAUUUAUGGUGUUUUGUCCUUUGUGUUCUGGACACUCACUUUGAUUCCUUUGCUUAAAUACGUUUUUAUUGUGCUCAAAGCUGAUGAUAAUGGUGAAGGAGGGACAUUUGCUCUGUACUCGUUGCUGUGUAGACAUGCCCGAGUCAGCUCACUCCCCAAUUUCCAAUUGGCAGAUGAGGAACUUUCUCAAUACAAGAAGGACAACAAAAAAUUGUGCAAUACUGGGUUGGGAUCAAGCUUGAAGUCUAUGUUGGAGAGGCACAGGGUUUUACAAAGGUUUCUGCUUGUUCUGGCUUUGGUUGGGACUUGCAUGGUUAUUGGUGAUGGUGUGCUUACACCAGCUAUUUCUGUUUUUUCUGCGAUUUCCGGCCUCGAGUUUUCUAUGUCAAGAGAGCAACACAAAUAUGUAGAAGUUCCAGUUGCAUGUGCCAUACUGAUAGGCUUGUUUGCCCUUCAACAUUAUGGCACUCACAGGGUCGGGUUUUUGUUUGCUCCUGUAGUUUUGACAUGGCUUUUCUGCAUCAGUGGCAUUGGUAUAUAUAAUAUAUUUCGGUGGAAUCCUCAUGUCUACAAAGCACUUUCUCCAUAUUACAUGUACCAGUUUUUAAGGAAAACUCAAAGAGGAGGUUGGAUGUCCCUGGGUGGAAUUUUGUUGUGCAUAACAGGUUCUGAAGCCAUGUUUGCUGAUCUUGGACACUUUUCACAAUUGUCGAUCCAGAUUGCUUUCACGUCUGUGGUUUAUCCAGCAUUGAUUCUUGCAUAUAUGGGGCAAGCUGCCUAUCUGUCCAUGCAUCAUAGUCCUGAAAUCCAAGUGCACCGAAUUGGAUUUUAUGUGUCUGUACCCGAAAAAUUUAGAUGGCCUGUUCUGGUGAUAGCCGUACUUGCUGCAGUGGUGGGAAGCCAGGCCAUCAUCACUGGAACUUUCUCGAUUAUUAAGCAAUGCUCUGCUCUGGGUUGCUUCCCAAAAGUGAAAUUAGUCCACACUUCAUCCAAAAUCCAUGGUCAGAUUUAUAUCCCUGAGAUCAACUGGAUCUUGAUGCUGUUAUGCUUGGCUGUUACCAUUGGUUUCAGAGACACAAAGCGCUUGGGUAAUGCAUCAGGUUUGGCAGUUAUCACUGUCAUGUUGGUCACCACCUGCUUAAUGUCUCUUGUUAUUGUCCUAUGUUGGCAUCAGAGUGUCUUACUUGCAUUUUGCUUCGUAGUCUUUUUUGGAACAAUUGAAGCUCUCUACUUCUCAGCUUCUCUCAUCAAGUUUCGCGAAGGAGCCUGGGUCCCCAUUGCCCUUGCAUUUGUCUUCCUAAUUGUCAUGCACGUUUGGCACUAUGGCACACUCAAGAGGUAUGAAUUUGAUGUGCAAAACAAGGUCUCCAUCAAUUGGCUACUCAACCUUGGUCCCAGCCUAGGCAUUGUACGAGUCAAUGGCAUUGGUGUCAUACACACUGAGCUUGUGUCUGGCAUCCCUGCAAUCUUUUCGCACUUUGUCACCAACCUUCCUGCCUUCCACCAAGUCCUGGUUUUUGUCUGCAUCAAAUCUGUCCCAAUCCCACAUGUUAGACCUGAGGAACGCUUUCUAGUUGGGCGCAUUGGCCCUAAAGAGUACAGGAUAUACAGGUGCAUUGUACGAUAUGGAUAUUGUGACGUUCACAAGGAUGACAUGGAGUUUGAGAAGGACCUUGUAUGUAGUAUAGCAGAGUUUAUACACUCCAGUAGCAUUGGAACCAAUGGAACAAUUGAAGAAUUAGAGAAGGAUGAAGAUAAAAUGGCAGUGGUCGGGACGUGUUCUACCCAUGAAGAUGGGAUUCAAAUCAGCGAACACGACAUCAACAGCACAGAGACAGUUGGCACAUCAGAAGUUAGGGAGAUAAGAUCACCACCGGUGAUGCAGCGAAGAAAAAAGGUAAGAUUUAUCGUGCCAGAGAGCCCGAACAUUGACACAAGUGUGAGGGAAGAAUUACGGGAGCUGAUGGAAGCUAGGGAAGCUGGGAUAGCUUACAUAUUGGGACAGUCAUACAUGAAAGCAAAGCAAGGAUCUAGCAUGAUAAAGAAGCUUGUAAUAAACUAUGGGUAUGAGUUUCUGCGUAGGAACAGCAGGGUAACCUCCUAUGCAUUUAGUCUACCGCAUGCAUCUACUCUGGAGGUAGGGAUGGUCUACAAUGUUUAAUUUUUGUUUACUCAGUGCAUCAUGUACAUGUUGUAAUCUUAUGCAAUAGUGAAAGAUCACCACCUUUGGAUGGUGGAUGAAAGAGCUUACACACGAA